GUGAUUCUUUCAGGUGAUCAUGUGGUGGAGUAGUGUUGCUUAAGAGUAAUGGAGGAUUUGGAUAUUAAGGAUAAAAGACUUCGUUUGCAGAGGCAUGCACCCAGCACUUCUCCCAUUCUGGAAUCUUAGAAUACUGUAAUAAAGAAGAAAGCAAUUAAAAAACGUUAACCAGGAGGAUCCAGGACCUUCUAAUAGGAUGGAUACCGCAGAGAGUGGUAUGGUUGACCUGGACGCGGGCAAGACCAUGAAAUUAGAACCUAUUAUUGUUGAGACAGGCCAGGAUCUAGUCCUGGAACCAGGCAAGAUAGAGGGCUAUCUACUCAAGAGACGUAAGAGACCUCUUAAAGGAUGGCACAGGAGAUAUUUUGUAUUGGAGAAGGCCAUGUUGACCUACGGCAAGAGCCCCAAUGAGUUACAAAAGGGGAAGAUACACGGUACAGUAGACAUAGUGUCGGCUGUGAUAGCCACUGAGAGAGAAGAACACAAGAACUCAAGAAGGAUUGAUAUUGAUACAGAAGACUUUGUCUAUCAUCUCAAGGCAAGCUCCUUUGACGAGUUCUGCGACUGGAGGAAGCACCUCCAACACCAUCAACUCUACAAGAAACAACAAACCUUGCACUCACCAACCCUUGCCAAACCACUGAGCCCUGAGGCUCCACCAUCAUCUACACCUACCAGUGAACUCACACUCAAAGCAAUAACCCUAGAGAGACGUAGGCAGAGUCUCCGUAAACAGUACUCCAAGGCCAGACUCGGUACCUCCCUCAUGGGCUCAUCCUUCGGCUAUAAGAGCGAUGGUAUCGAUCUUGAUAAAUGUUAUAAAGAGCUAACUGAUGCAGAGGAGAGUAUAGUUAGUCUAUCUAACAUCUUACAAGAACUCUUGAACACAGAGCUACCUCCCUACGCAGACGGCAACUAUGAGGUUGAUGAUCCAGUAUCAGGACACAAGAAAUCUAAAGCACGUAAAUCACUCAAGAAGAUGAGGAGAAAGGUUCCCAGUGACCCACAAGUACAUGAUAUCAAAUCGAGGCCAAACAGUCACCCAUCAUCAGUAAUACCUGGCACUGGAUUAGUAGUCGAGGAUGAUACAGUAAGCAUCAGAUCGUACUCAUCUACCGUCUCAACAAAAGAGGUUGAUCAGAAGAACCGGGAUGACUUCUUAGAAACGGCCAGUCAAGUUCACAGAAACUUGAAGAGCGCCCUCCAUUGGCUGACAGUUCAAUCAGAUAAAUGCAAGCAGGUAGUUGAUGCACAGUCCCACAUGCUAGGUUCUACGCUGGGAUCUGCAUUAGGACAAUCCAGACAGAUUGCCAUGAUGCAAGACUCUAUGCACAAGCUGAAAGCGCAGAAUGACGAUAUGCGUGAACGUCUUUCCAGAAUUUUUGAAGAGGCUUCCAUCACUUUCACACCUAUAGCAGCUAAACCUGACCUAGAUAUGACACUUCCACUACAGCACACUCCACUGACACCACAGCUAUCAGAUGAUAGAUUAUCACGUUCAGAAUCAAUUGUGGAAUUCUUCGAUGCUCAGGAGUAUCUUGCUUCAAGUGCUUCUUCAUCAGAUGAGGAGGAGGAGGUUGAAAGUUCGGUAACCAGCGAAGAUGAUGAUGCAGCUGACUUUGAGGAAGAUGACUUCCGAGAUUUGGAGAAUGGUAGAGAGGAGGCACCAUCUCGAUCACAUACUGGCCGUAGAACACACCUACCAUCACCCCAGCCCGAUACCAGUCAACUCAGUUUAUGGAAUAUCCUCAAGAAAAACAUUGGUAAAGAUCUUUCCAAGAUCUCCAUGCCUGUUGCUCUCAAUGAACCACUCAGUAUGCUACAGGUACUAUGUGAAGAGCUAGAGUACAGUGAACUAUUAGACAAGGCAUCAGAGGUCGAUGACCCCUACAUGAGGAUGGUGUACAUUGCAGCCUUUGCGGUGUCUAGCUACAGUUCAACGUAUACUAGAGCAGGGACAAAGCCCUUCAACCCUCUUCUGGGGGAAACCUUUGAGUGUGUCAGGGAUGACAAGGGGUUCAAGUUUAUUGCCGAGAAGGUAUCACACCAUCCUCCCAUUAUUGCCUGCCAUUGCAACAGUAAAAACUUCAUCUACUCACAGGAUGUGAGGAUAAAGACUAAGUUCUGGGGCAAAUCAAUGGAAGUCAUCCCUAUAGGAACUAUUCACAUACACAUACCAAAGUACAAUGAUCAUUUCAUCUUGAGUAAAGUAACAAGCUGUGUUCACAACAUCUUAAGUGGAGAGAGAUGGGUGGAUCAUUAUGGAGAAACAGUCAUCAAGAAUGGAGAUAUAUCAUGUAAACUCACUUUCACAAAGGCUAGUUUCUGGAGCAGUAGAUUACAUGAAGUAACUGGUGUUAUCUUGAAUCAAGAAGGACGUAUGAUCCAUGAACUGUUUGGGAAGUGGAAUGAAGGUCUGUACUGCGGGAGAUCAGCCUCAGCUAAAUGUGUGUGGAGAGCUGCUUCCAUGCCUUCAGAUCAUCAGAUCUACUAUGGGUUCACCAGGUUUGCAAUAGAACUCAAUGAAUUAGACCAUGAAACACAAGACACACUACCUCCUACUGACUCAAGAUUCAGACCAGAUCAGAGAUUACUAGAGGAAGGUGAUUUGAAGGGAGCUGAGCUUGAGAAACAGAGAUUAGAAUCAAUGCAAAGAGAAAGGAGAAAACUCAGGGAAGAACAAGGUGUUGAAUAUCAACCAAGAUUCUUCAGAUUAGGUCAUGACGGAAGCAAGGAUAGAUGGGUGUGUAAGAACGACUACUGGGACCUCAAGCAUGAUCCUGGAUUUGCUACCAUGAAGUUUACUCAACUCUGGUAAAAUACAUUCCAAGAUAAGGAACAAUGGUGGUAAGAAUAUGUGGUCUGCCAUAGUAGUUUUGAUAAAUAUUACAGCAGAGUUAUUCUUGGACAGGGAAUGACAGAUUGAAAGAUGACUUUAUUCUACCAUAGACCCAUCCAGCUUCAACACUCAUUAUGGCAGAGACAUGCUAAUCACUGCUCUUUACUCUAAGAACAACAAUUGGAAAGGUCACUCUAUUAUAUCAGAGACAUGUACAGAUUCAACACUCCAAAGCUACUCUAAUACUGAUCAUGACAAGUGGAAUGGGGACAUUCUCAGCUACAAGAGACCCAUACAAGAAAUUCACCUAGGGGCUAGACUUAUGAAAAAAUAUAUAUUACCUGGAUGAACCAUUGUUGAUCAGGCUGAAGUGGUUUUAGAUAUGAUAUAGUUCAUUCUUUUCUAUUGAAAACAAGAAAUUGGUCUGAUCACACCAUGUUCAUUAAGGAUUGUCUGAGAUCAUUUUUAUAAUGAUAUCUUUUAUCUAUUCUGAGAUAAAGAUGUGUUAAGGAGGGAAUUACUCUGUUCUGACAAUGGGGUGUCAAUGCUCUGAAAAUAAACUUGGAAAUCAACUAUUAUAAAAUAUCCUUCUAUAUUUAUUUGUUCACUUACUCAAUCCAUGCAGGGUCCUGGUUUGUGUAUUUUCAUAUCUUUGAGUAUGUUUAUAAAUAUAGGAUAAUAGGACAGGGCAAAUAUCACAUGUAUUAGUGAAGGAAUGUCACAAAUACAUUGUAUACAUGAGCGCAAAUAUAUAUAGUUCCAAGCAAAGGCUUGUUGUACAGAACGAAGCAUUGCUUAUGGGUUUGAUCUGGAGACUAAUAGUGUUAGCAAGUGCUGCCACCACAGAUACUUUUUAAAAGUUAUGUAGAAUCAGUUUCAAUGGGUAUAUGGUUCAGAGAUGUUCUAUAAUGGUGAUGUGAACUUUUACUUAUCAUUUGUUUAUAUGAUAUUAAGCAUGGAGAAUCCUCUGGAUACUAACUUUUUCAUCAUUAUGACAAAGCACUUUAGCUCUAGGUUUAUUUCUUUCAAGUGGUUGUGAUUGUUUUGAUAAUGAUACAUGUAGAUGCUUCUGAGUGGGUUAAGAUCAUAUUUUAUAGGUUGGUAUUUCUUUGCUGGGGAUGAUAUACACACCCUGUUUGGGUUUUUGUAUUGCCUAAUUUGUUCGUUGACUGGGCUGAUUUAUAGCUCACAAUUUUGGGAAAAUAACUAUAUAACUUGUCUAUCAUGUCCCAGAUUUUAGCUUUCAAUAAAAAAAAAAACACUUAAGCUAUUACAACAAUUCAGGAGAAAAGUGUCACGUGGAUGAUAUUAGCCAUGUCUUUUCACUUCCCUGGGCUAUGUAACACAAAGUAUAGCAAUUGAUCAUAUUCUUAUGAUUGAUCGCAUUGCAUUGACUACAAUGUAUAAUCAAUCACAAAAAUCACCCAUACGAUCAGUCGCUAUAUGUCUUAGCAAACUUUUGAGAUAUGAGGAUUUGUCUCGCAAGCAGCAAGUUAUUUAGAUUAAUACAUGUACUAGAUUCCAGUUUGAAAUGUGGAAUCAUUUACUUUCAAACAAACGGUGAUUCCAUCCAGAUCCUUAUCAAGAAACGUCCCAAGCACUUUGUACAAUUAGCUCGCACUCGACCACAUUGUUCUCUGUGGAGUUAUGUCGGUCAUUGUCGGUCAUCGAUGAGUAUUUUUUGUCACUGCACAGGGAUAAUGUAGACAGUAUUUGUUCGUUAGUGGAGUAUUGCUUCAUAACAAAUUGGUAUUUUCUUUUGAUUUUAGUGUGUAGUUCCACUGUUGACAACACUAUGAAUUUACCCCCCCCCCCCUAGUUUGAAGUAUGAUAAACACUCCUCAGAGCUGACACAUGGGAUUCACCUAUCCUCUAUGUUAAAAUUGCAUUCAAUUUAGUUAUUUAGUAUAAUUGGUUUGUAUUACGGUAAAAGUGAGACUUUGAAUAGUUAUUUCCAUCCAAUAUCGUACCAGAUAGUGCCAUUAUAUAAUCCUAUCAAUUGUCAUAAAGCCUUUUGUAAACUUGUUAAGAACUUUACAAAUGACUGGAACAUGGAAAGUCAAAAUGGGUCUCAAUCAUUUUAGUCACAAUAGUUGAAGUUGAGAUAUGUAAGCUAAUUUUUAUUUCAGUGACAUUACUUUCAAAUGUCAAACUUUUAGGCUUGUAAUCUGGCAUUUUCCAGUCAGGCAAACUUUAGCCAUCGUCUUUAUAAAAGAGAUUUAACACACAACUGGGGUCUGUUGUAAAUACAGAAAGAGUCAAGUUUGUAACUGAACAAAAAUCAAGUGCAAGUCUCUAAUGCACUCAUUUCAUUGGUUGAAAAAUCAGGUUGCAUUUGAUUGCAAUGGACACCUGAUAACCUAGGUCCUAUAACACAAAGGUUAGCGAUUGAUUGUACAUUGUAGUCAAUGCAAUCAAUCGUAAAAAAAGUUAUAUGGUGAUUGCUAAGCCUUGUGUUACGAGCCCCUAUUCUCAUAAUAAAUGAGAUAGAAUACCAGUUUUAAUAUAAUACUAAAUUUCCCAAAAAUGUAUGUUUAUCAAAUUUUGACUUACAUGUAUAGUAACCACUGCAUAGAGAUGCUCUUUUUAUGCUACAAAUAUUGGAUUUUAGUGAAAAUCAAAAUGAUUGAGACUCUUGAGUCGGUACUUUAGAACAGGGGCCUGUAAUAUAAAGCUUAGCAAUCACCAUAGAACAUAUCUUUACGAUUGAUUUCAUUGACUACGAUGUACAAUUAAUCAUAAAAAAAUAAAGCACACGAAUAAUGCUAACAUAUGUGUUAUGGGACCCAUGUCAACAGUCUUGUGUAAAUUCACCCAUAACUUACAAACAGCUUUAUGAAAUACUUCCCAUUAAUUUUUUAUUUUAAUAUAUAUUAUAUUUGUUGUGAAAUGUGGUAUAUAUAUCCUGUACUCAUUGCUUUUGCUUUCCUACAUAUAAAUGUAUGUGACGAAGUACUUUGUGUAAUGUAAUUUCGAUGUACAGAUUUGAAUGAAUGCAGUCUCAAAUAUAUCAUCUGUCUUUGCAAAUUAUUGAUGAAAGAGGAGAUGGCAAUGUUAACUUUUGAGGGUUUGAUUUCCAGAAAAAUAAAUCAUAAUUCUUUCAAGUCUGCCACUCUCCACUAAUUAAGCAGUUUGAGUAAUUCUACUCUAUUAGAAAUUUCUCUCAUUUUCAGCUUUCAUUGCCUGUCUCAAUGAUUUUUUCCCCCUAUUUUUCUUCAAGAAUGCUAUAAAGGAUUAUAGUUUGUGUUUUAUUGAUCAUAUAUAUAUGUACAUUGAAGUACUAUGUGUUUGAAAUUUAUACAAAUAUUUAUAUGUAUGAUUUAUAUUCAUAUUUAAAUGUAUGCAUUUAUUGUUCCAAAUUUUAUGUAGGACUUAAUAUGAGGGACAUAGCAGUGAUUACUAUUAUGGAAGUAUUUGGUAUUUGGAUAUUUUUCAUAUUGCCACUUCAUAUAGUUGGUUGUUACAGAAGUUGGUUUAUAAAGUCUAUAAUGGUGCAUUUAGCAAGUAAAACAGUAUGAAAUGUGCUACGUAGCGUGCAAGCUGUAGAAGUAGUGUGCUUACUUAAGUAUUAGAUUACCUCGCCAUCUAAUAUCAUAUUCACCAUAAAAUAUAAUUUUGUAAAAUUUUACGUAUAAAUAACCAUUAAAUGCCGAGUAUUUAGAUUGCAUGCAGAGUAUUUAGAUUGCAAAGUAUCUUUUAUCUUUCGAAGGAAGAGUUUUGAGGGAAUGAGUUACAAUAUUUUGAUUAAUGAUUUGGCAGCUUUAAUAUGUACAGAUAAAAAGAUUUCAAAGCAAAUAAUAUUGGAUAAAAGAAAAGAGAAAACAAUAUGUGUUUUGCAAGUUUCUUCUGAAGUUUGCCACAAAGUUAUCAUGUUUUUAUAAGAGGAAAAUUCACAAGGAGUAUAUCAAGUGAAUAAUUGAUUUAGAAACUCCUAAUUAAAACCAUGAGAGAUUGGAGGGAUACAGAAGAAUAUACAUGUAUACUAAUGAGUUCCUGUAUACUUUUUCUCUGCUAUUGAGUGACAUUCAGUGUAAAUAUCAGUACAUGUAUGAGAAUAUUUUCUGUUGCAUAUGGUAAUUCCAAGGCU